CAUUACACCUCCAUCUGCUGCUGGCACUGUGUAGAACCUGACCUCUACGAGCUUUUAAUCAAAAUUAAUUUUCUAUCUACAUAGGGGCAAAUGCCAGUUGGCCCUUGUGUCAGGCAGUUGCUGAAGAGAAAUGCUUUUGGAGGGCCACAGAUGCACCGGGGCAGCGCUUGGAGACCACAUUCUGGUCUACCCGCCCGCGAAGUCCGCGUUCUGCGAGGGAUCCGCUAGACAACGCUCAAGGAGGAAAUCGCCUGGCCUGGAAACAGGAUUGUGGCGAAAACGGCUCUGUGUUCCAGCUGCCCAGCGAAACCGGUAGAAAGGACCGCUCUGGUUGAGGCAGACCCACCAAGGCCUGGGGGAGGGGGACGAAGACCUGCCCAGCAGAGCACUAUCGCCGAGCACAUUCCAACCACUUCCCGGUAGAGCUCAGUCCUCCGCGCACAGAAAGGGCGCCAAUGCACCCCGCACCCUGCCAAAGAACAGACACCCAGUGCCUACUGCUUUUACACCCACAGGGCAGGACCCAGGCUCGGCUAUGCAGUUGCCACCGCCGCCUUGGAUCCUGAUCACCUUGGAUCCUGAUCUCCUUGGAUCCUGAUCUCCUCGCUACCUUCAGAAGUAGGAUGUGAAGAAUCGGGGGGAGGGCUGUGCGCUCAGGAACCCUCUAAAGCAGACAGCGUGGGCUUAAAACUCAGUGAACAUUAGUAGUUUUGGGAAGGCGCCUGUGAUGGCAAGACUUCUAGAAGGGACACCUUUUUAUGCUCUAUGGGACAGAUGACCUCUCCCAAACUUCGGUUUCUCUGGCUUUUCAUACGCAAGGUGGGUUUUGAAGCGACACUGGACUCCGGGCUCAAAUUUGUAGAGGGUUAUUGCACUAAGAGGCUUGCUCGCCUCAUUCUCUAUCCAGAGUUGUGAUAACCCCCUAUUUUAUACUAACAUUCAACAGCAGGCACAGCAGAAUCUUCUGGAAGGGGGCUAAGAUGAAACUCAGGAGGCGGGGGUCGGUGUAGAAAGAGCAGAUGGAUUAUUUUUUCUUCUCUCCUGGCGAAUGAGAGGCGCCCCCCACCGCCCCUCCUCAUGAACGCCCCCCCUCAAAGCGCGCAUGCGCACUCCAGUAGCGGGCGGGUACUUAAGGCGCCGCCACCGCCGCUGCGGCAGUGCGCCCAACAGCGGACUCUGAGACCAGUGGAUCUCGGCGAACCUUCGCCCUCAACCAACCACCCACCACUCUCGGAACCAUGGCGGCAGUGGCGGCAGCUUCAGCUGAGCUGCUCAUCAUCGGCUGGUACAUCUUUCGUGUGCUGCUGCAGGUAACCUCCCCAGUGCGCCCGCGCCCAGCCGGGAACAAAGGCUCAGGGCGCAGCGGGCGACUGCCGCGGACGAUCGCCGAGGCUUUUAGCGACCUACACGGUGUUCAGAUACUCCCUGCAGAAGCUGGCGUACACGGUGUCGCGGACCGGGCGGCAGGUGUUGGGGGAGCGCAGGCAGAGAGGCCCCAACUGAGGCCCCAGCUCCCAGCCCUGGGCGGCCGUAUCAUCAGGUGCUCCUGUGCAUCUCGGCCAGCAUGGGAGCCAGUGCCGCGCAGGAAUGGGGGGUCCCCUGUGCUCCCUCGCCAGAGGAGCACUUGCCAAGGUCAGUGAGGGGCCAGUAGGCCCCCCCGGAGAAGCAGUACGACAAUGACCAACGAUUCCAGAUCCCUUUCCAACCCCUUUGAACCGGUCCCACUGUGGGGCGGGGGCGGGAGAGGAGGGGGAUGGUGGGAGCAGACCCCUGAGAUCUGGGCGUAGGCACCGCAUUCUGAUCUGGACCAAGUCGGGACAGCACCAUCCCAGCCCGCAGCCGAGGCCAUGCCAGAAGGUCCCACCAAGGAGAUCCAAACACCACACCAGCCAGCAGAACGGACAUUCCGACACCAGCCGAAGCCCUGAAUCUCGGUGCAGCAGAGAAGGCACCCACUGAGUGUCUGUGUGGCGGGACUGGAGGGCGUGGGUGAGGGAGGAAGGAGGUGGGUUAAGAAAUGGAGUGAGGCCCGCACAGUCCCUUGCCCACAGCACGCGCAUUCCAGUCUCUCUGUCUUUGCUCUCUCCAUUCCCCUUUCCUCCUCACUGCCUCCCAAGCCCACUCUACCCCAAAGAAAUGUGUCACUCGAUUUGGCUCUAUUCAACCAGUAAAUGAAUCCCAUCUUUACCAAAACACCUUCUCCGAGCCCCCGCCCCUCACUGAUCUUGCUUUUCCCUGGUCUCACGCAGUUGUGGUAAUAUUGUGGUAAUUGCUAAUUGUACUGAUUGUUUAAGUGUGCGUUAGUUGUGUCUCCCCAGCUAGAUUGUAAGCUCCUGGAGGACAGGGACCACCUCUACAAAAAAUAAAAAACCAGUAACUCCCCCAUCUCGCAGUGUCCUAGGACCCUGCGGGGCGGUGGAGGCACACCAA